AUGCAGUGCGUAGUUCUAACAAGAGUAGUGGUGGUAACAGUGGUGGUGCUGUUCGCACGCGGGUCCGUGCUCGGCACAAGGCCACCGUCUGCUAACGUCGCCAGCCCGAAUGGCGCCUAUCCGGGCAUGCAGUUGCUCAGCGAGUCCGUGCACGACGAGCGGCCGGCCGCGGAUGACCGCAAUCCGAUACUGGUGCUGACGAAGGACAGCGGGCAACCGAAGGACGUAUCGCUUCUACACGACGGUAUGCCCGAUCCGAACCCGCUGAGCCUGGAGAGUCUGUUGGUGCCACGGGAGCGCCUGGUGUACCCCGAGCGGGACGGUCUGAGCACCGCCGAAGAGGAGGAGGAAGAAGCGGAAGAGGAUGCUCUGGAAGACGAUGAGGAGGAUCAGGAGGAGGAGGAAGAGGAGGAGGAGGAAGCGCAGGAGGAAGAGAUGCGUGAGCGUGAUGGGUUAACGGGUGAUGGUGAGGAGAACCGUCACUUUCCGACAUUCUACGUGCGUCCAAAUCACAGCUCCGGCACAAAGAUGGCACCGGGCGCAGAUCUGCGACGGCAUUCCAAUCCCUGUGGCUCUGGCAUCCUCGAGCAGUUGAAGUCUUCGGAGCACGUUGUACCGGUGCGGCGAAGCCCAGAAGAGGAGGACACAAACUUUUACAUCGACGUCACACACGAUAUGUUGGAGACGAGUACCGGAAUUGUGCCGCGAGUCAUUUACCGAGUGGAAGCAAAACGCUCCCCGGACAUACAAAUUCGAGACUUCUACAUAGAAUCUCUAAGCGGUGAUCCGUAUAGUUACGAGCAAUCGGCGGCACGCCCAAUUGGUCAGUUCACCUAUCGGAACAUGGAGAACGAUGGCCACCAAGAGCAUGGCUACAAGCAGUCACCCGGAGACGUGGAUAGCAUUCCGCGCAGUACCUGGAUCGAUGACUUGGAAAUAGACUGGCUUCACCAUGCAUACGCCACGCAGCAGCAGCAGCAGCAACACCACCGGCAGCGCGUUAUAUUCGGUGAACCGUUUCCUUCGUACCUCGACGUGGACAACGACCAUGACUCCACGCGAUCCGACGACGAUGUCGACAAUAUCCUGGAGGAGAAUUCGUUCGAAUUCGAGGAGGCAGGGUUGCGCCCGCAACGACCACUAAACACUAGACGGCCAGCUAAAGGAUGUCCGCGCAAUGUCUGGAAGCACGAUGGUAUGGUAGAGGAGCAAGCUACGAUUAACUGGUCCGUUCCGGGGACACAGGCGCAUGGGUCAAGUUUUAACAACGCCAGCAGUAUCUCGGGUGGAAGUAUGGAGAGUCAGAGUAAAACUAUUUACUUUAGAAUAUUAUAUCGUACAAUGACUAGCUACGUGAUCUACGAAUUGAUCUAUACAAUGGUGCUUUUACGAGAGUGUAGCUUAUAUCUCAGGCAAUCACAAGGAAGGAUCGCAUCGAAUAGUCUCCCAACAGGUUACCAGGACUGUAGUCUAACCUUCCCAUCACGGCCGACCUCUCAACCAGAUGAACUACCCGGUUUGCUAGUUCAGCUGACCCGGCUCAAUACACCUUGCCGGGGCGGAGGGUAUCUCCGCUUUAUGGCCGAUUCGAACCAACAAGACACCAGCAGCGGCGAGACUGGUGGUAGUAACAAUCACUUCAACGGUCCUGACGAUGAGCAAACGAGUGCUCGAGGUGAUCAUCAAACCAUAUCACUCUGCGGCAAGCUGGAGGAGCUGCCCGCAUCGGAGCGGGCAUUUCACUUUCAAUCACAUCACAACACUACCCUGUGGCUACACAACUCGCCACUGUUUAGCUUGCAGUACCGACUAGUGGACUACUGUUACAACAUGACGCUGCGGGAACAGAACGGUACGGUGCAACUGCGGCCCGGCGAUGGGUCGCUUGACUGUUACUUUCGCAUCCAUCUACCGUACGGAUAUCGAAUAGCGUUGCAUCUGCUGACGAACGAAUGGCAACAGGGUCGUCAUAUGGGGGCACUCAACGACAGCGAUGGCUCCGCUGUUCGACAUGAGGCCAUUGAGCUUGGUAUGAGUGAGGCGGACACUGGAAACCAACAGUUUCUGGCACCGAUCCGCUGCUCUACCGCAAAUGGUAUGCUGGUGGAGGUGUAUGAAGAAGGCGAACAUCGGUGGACGUCCUGUAUCAACAGUAGCUCAGAGACGACCCGCUACACGCUGACGUCCAGUGGCAACAACGUAGUGGUUAAGGUCAGCAAACUACAGCAGCCAAUGUUUGAGGAGCCGAGGAUCGAUGACACCCGUGAUGCAAGUCCCUCACAUUCGUCAUCCUCCUCAUCAUCGCAACCGUUGCCCUCACCUUCGGUGUCCCGAAUGCGCGCAAAUGGAUCAGCGACACUGCUGUUUGAGUACCGGGCAAACCCGAUUGAAUCCAUCACUUCACGUUGUGCCUUUGGUUGGAUAGCAACCGCUCAGUUCUGCAUUUCGUCCAUCGAGCGACGGCUGUCGUGGCAGGAGGCUGAAGCCGAAUGCAACCGGCUCGGUGGCCAUCUAAUGUCAAUACGCUCGAGCGAGGACCAGCAACUAACCGAUCAACUGCUCUUCAACAGCCCGGCUUACAAAGAUGACAAUGCGUACUGGAUUGGUGCGUCCGAUCUCAUCGUGGAGAGUGACUUCAGGUGGAAUGAUAAGUUUGCCUUCACAUACUCGAAUUGGUUCCCCGGAUGGGUGCACCAGGAAAACUACAAUCGGCAACCGAAUGAUGACGGAUUAAGUGGGCAGGAUUGCGUCGAAAUUCGUCGCCACUUUCAGAUAGCGACCAGCAGUGGGCAGACGACACCCACCGUUAGUCCGCUAACCCUGUCGUACAUGUGGAACGAUCGGAAUUGUGAUGCCCGUAACUACUUCCUGUGCGAGCGGAUGAUGGAUGAAGAGCUUCCUGAGCGACUUUGGAACGAAUCGGAAUGUAACGUAACCGUCACACUCAGCGCGGAACGAUCGAAGGCAACAAUCUGGAGCCCAGGAUUUCCCCAACAGUAUCCUGAUAGUGUUGACUGCUACACCCUCAUUCAGGCUCCGCUAGGUUACCGUGUAGUGCUGGACUUUGAGGAGAUGGUACUGGAGAAUGAACCACUCUGCUCCUACGAUUAUCUGCAACUGGUCGAACCGGACAUGACCGGUCCCUAUGUGCCGUCGAAAUCUGCGAAAGACUUUUCCAGCACGGUAUUGUUUCGCUUCCGCAACUCGCGCCACAGUGGCCGUUACAACGUACAGCAUCGGCGAAAGAGCACCAAAGCGGGACCGAAUUCUCCCGGUGGAGGCGGUGACAGUGGCGUUGACACAGCGAACAGAAGCGAUAUCAACUUCAACGUACCGAGCAUCGUGCUGCAACCGAGCGAUUCCAGGUACACGAGCAGCUUACCACUUCCAGAGCUGAGUUUGGGCAGUGUGCCGCGGAAAAUAUGCGGCGACUGGAGCUCGAAGCUAAAGCUGCUUCGCUACGUAACGACGGGACCAUCGCUGGGCUUACGCUUCGUGUCGGACUAUUCGAACAACUACGGAGGUUACAAGGCGAGGAUCUCGAUGGAAAACGUGACAUCCGAGUGUCACGACGAACGGUUUAAGGCAUACAACAACUCUUGCUACUUGAUCAUCUCGUACCCCGAUGUGGACUGGACGACGGCUCAGCAAAUCUGUCGCGGAAUUGGUGCGCAACUCGCCUCUAUAUCAACAACGGAUGAGCAGAGGUUUAUUACGUCAAACAUUCGCAACAGCAUCGACUACACGCCAAGAUCCCUGUACUGGGUUGGCGGGGAGAUAACCGCCAACGGUAACCUGGAGUGGGUGGAUGGAGUAAAGCUGUUGUUUGAGGGCUGGUUGCCUGGGCAGCGACCAGAAAAAUCGGACACGUCUAAAAUACCUGCGUGUCUCGGGCUUCAAUGGAAGGUGUCACCGACACCGAUGAUUUCAUCCGGUCUACACUGGACGGCACAGAAAUGCUCUAUGAUCGGUGGAUACGUAUGUAAGAAGCCGCGCCCACGGCUGGAUGAAACGAUGGUGAAAAAUCAAACGCUUACCGGUACGGAGGGCCAUCUACUGUCGCCAGGGUACCCGAAUCCCUACCCUGCUCAAACCGACUUCUGGAUACGGAUCGUUGCACCGGAGCACCGUCGCAUCAUCAUACAGUUUCAGAAGCUAGACCUCGAACAUCAAGACGAGUGUCUGUAUGAUUACAUCAGUAUUCAAAACUAUCCAAUAUUACCAAACACUCGCGGAGGUUAUCCGAGACCUGGUGGAGAGAGCGGUAAUGUCGCACCGUUGAUAGAGUACUUCCAUGGCAAUGGAAGCACCAGCAAGCUUCAUACCGAUCACGCAGCAGUGAAAGAGCACAGCUCAACACAGACCGGAAGUUCAUCUGUAGAUGUAAAGAAGAGUUUCCCCUUUCCGGACAGCUUCUCCAAUAGGGAAAAUCACACGCAAUCUAGUGCUCGGUUCCAGCGACGCAUUCGGUAUGUUAGCAGUAGUACAGGAGCAGAAUACGCUACCAGUGAUCAGGACAAUACAUUAGAACGGGAGGUAGCUAAUGUACACCCGGUAACGCUACUAAACGAUCCCCUGUUCCAGUUCAAUGAGCUUACUCCAUCGUUUCUGCCGUAUGUGCGUUGGUGCGGUACGCACGAUAGCAAUAUGGCACGGUUUAACUUCAUCUCCACGGGUAACGAGGCAAUCGUGCGCUUCCAUUCGGACUUUUCCAUCAGUGGGACGGGUUUUUCGGCAACGUGGAGCACCGUCGAUAUGACCGGAUGUCCGCUGCAGACCAUUACCUCGAAGGAAGGCUCGAUCCGCAGUCCGAACUAUCCGUACUUUUUGCUGAACAACAUCGAUUGUACGUACGUGAUCCAGGCACCGUUCGGGAGGCGUGUUUGGUUGGAGUUUCUGCUGACCGAUCUGACGCAAGAUGCAACGCUGCUGGUGGAUAUUGCUGACGGGCCAUUCGAGCCGUUUGCGGAUGAAUCGCACGUGAACGACGGUGUAUUCGUGAGCAAGGGUGAGCGACUAGUCGUGCGGUUAAAGACGGGUGCAUCACCGAGAGGAAAUGGUUUCCAUGCGAUCUUCAAGACGUUGGCUCAUGUGAAUGAACAACGAUUUAUAACGCUCUCGAACAAGACGACCGGGAUGCUGUAUUCGCUCAACUACCCAGAAGCGAUGCCAUAUGAUGUCGACUACACACAGCACUUAAUCGCUCCGCUUGGCGAAGUCAUCCUCUUGGAGUUGUACGGUGUCGGGUUUAGCCAGCAUGGCUGCCACCAAACCGGAUUUAUAGAGAUCUAUGACAACUAUACAGACAGCAAUGGUACGCUAUGGCACCUAUGCGAACACCAUUCGUCAGGUAAGCCGACGACUAUCGAAUCCGAAGCGAUCAAGAUGGCUGAAGUGGAGCAUCAUUACGGAGCACACGGUGCAGCGAAACUACGACUACCAGUUGCGUCAGCACAUACACUUGCCAAACCUGCCCCGAUCUACAUUACUUCGUAUCUAAACACGAUCCACAUACGGCAGCGUAAUGCGAAUGGGACGGGAAUACGGCUAAACGCUACCGUGCGACUGCAAGAAGAUGCGGGCUACAAAAUGAAGCUUAUCUCCAAUACAGACGAGUGGGUCGAAAGUUGUAAGCCGAACCCGUGCCAGUACGGUGGAAAGUGCAUUACUGCCGGGCACAAACGUGGCAUCUGCCAGUGCUAUGGUCACUUUACUGGUCGAUUUUGCGGACUAAAUAUCUGCGAGUUGGAACCAUGCUUCUUUGGGAAAUGUGAACUUACACCCACCAGCUUCAAGUGCAACUGUCAGCCAGGGUUUGUAGGUGUACGGUGUGAUCAACGGCAGAAACCAUGCGCGGAAAAUCCAUGCGAAAGCCGGGGAGAAUGUUUCGAGAAGAAUGGUGGAUUCUUUUGCCGCUGUCACGCUUGGUGGGAAGGUCCACGUUGUGAAAAGCGCAUGAUGCACAUACCGUACAAGCCACUGUCGGAACGAAUGCUGCAGGAACCAUUCUGGCUCGGGUUGAUCACCGUGUUCGUGGUGCUUGCCGUGAUCGGGCUGGUUUGGUGCGCGAAGCGCCAUUUUCCGGAGAAGAUCGAAAAGCUACUCGCCGACGAUACCCAGCUGAAUCGAAGUAAUGUUUGACACCGCUUAACGCUUCACCGCAGCACCUUUCCGCCGCACCAUCUGAACACUGCCUUGCGCGAGCAGCUGCAGGCUACCGCCGGUACCGUUUCCUCCUCGAACGCCACUACCCCUGCAUCGCAUCGGACGAUCUUUGGACGAUUGGGUAUAAGAAAACCAUCCAUAUUGAGUCUCAGCAGCCCACAGCAAGUUGGAGGGGCUACCGCUAGAACAUUUUCUUUAGAUGAUCUUUUACGGCCCCCUCCUCGACGCACACCAUCACCCAGGAAGAAGCGAAAUAAUUCUACACCAACGAAGAAAAACGUCAACGAAAAGAAGCAGAUACUGCAGCAGCUAGUGUCACCCGCGCAAAAUGCGGCUACUAAACAAGUAAGCUUGGGCGAGCUGAUACAGCUCUCGGAGACCCGCCUGAAGGCAAACUAUGCCGAUUCCGAUGCCGGCAUGAAGGAGACGACAUUCUCGGAGAAUUCUCUCUCGGUGACAUCGAUGGUGCGACAGAUCUCGGAUCCAAAGCUGGAGAAGAAGGUCACGUUCGCGCGGCUGCUCAGUAAGGUGUCGGCGGAGAUGAGCUCCGGCUCGGAAGACCUGGCGAAUGGAGCGAAGCAUUCUAGUGCCCUAAGUCUUCCAAAUGAGGUACCGCCACGCGCAAAUUCCGUACCGCCGUCGCCGUGCACAAACGAAAUCCGGUCGCCCCACAGUACCUCGUCGAACCAGGGCAGUGAUUCGCUUUCGAGCUCCGAGCUUGCGCUGCAUGAUUUUGGCUUGCGCAGCAGCAACCGCCGGACGCGGCCGAAGGUAUCAAGCGCCGACUCGAUCUUGGCGAUGUUCAAGAACUUUGCCGCGUCCAGCAGCGCGUUAAAUACGCUUCCCUCGUCGAUCAUCAUCUCACCGUCAUCCACACCGACCGCGUCCAGUCCGCAAGAUGAUGUGCCGGGCGAUGACGAUUCGUCAACCUCCUCUAAUCACACGCCGGUCAGCUACUCGAGCGGCGGCACGUCCGACUCGCCCGUCUUCUACCGCCAGAGCACGAUCGAGGUGCCGGUACUGGAUGCGCUUAGUGCGCACAAGUCGUCGACGAACACGACGACAAGCAGCAGCUCAUCCGCUAGCUCAACACAGUUGCAUCCGCCCACGAUACUGCUCGAGAUACCGAGCAACGGCAUCAACAACAAGUGCUUGUCGCCGAUCCGCGAAAUGCCGACCCCGAUACCAUCGCCGGCACUGACACCGAUCAUGCCCCGGCCACAGCGUAUGCGCACUCCGCAAUCGAUCCAUGAUGAGUCGAUGUCAGUAACGUUCAACAGUGGCUACGAAGAUUACCACAAGCCCCAUCAGCUAUCAAUUGAAAUACGGCCGCCAGACGAACCUGACCGUGGGGAGUACUCUUCCUCGACCACUCUAUCGUCCUCGCAAAGCGACAACACAGUCGAUGGUCCCGCUGGUCUUGGUUUGCCGAUGAUAUCGAUCGACAUCCAUCCACCGACGCCAGAACGCAAGAGUCCCGAGCGGCCGCGCGAUUUGAUCAUACCAGCGCUAGUGAUACAGCAACCAAGCCCAACGAAGGAGCGCACGACCGUGGUGGUAAUACCCGGUUCUCCACCACCCCAACGCGCCAACCACACAUUCGACGCUAGCAUACUGUCGAACGCCGGUUGCAAGCAGCAGCAACAGAAGAGAUUUCUAAAGCAGUGGGAAAAGCCAACCUCACUCGAUCUUCCGUUUGAGCCGCCAAUGAUAACGAUCACCUGCAACAACAAUGAGGUGGUGUCUGAUGCGGAUGUCCCUUCACCAGCGCAUCCGAUCGGUUCGAAAGCAGCGAAAUCGAAUGGUGCUGGAGGCCUCGGUCCGCCCGGUGGCAUGUGCUACCUGAGUCCGUUCUCGAUGUGCAUACGCGGUGACCGUGCCCCGUCCGAAAGCAAUCUCAGCUCGUCCGGCUACUCUAGCAUGGCGAGUCCCGGUCCCAGCCGCUGCGGAUCCAACAAUCCACUCUUUCCAAACGAAUCAGACGAGCCUGGAUCAGGUCCUGCCGGUCCGGGUAGUUAUUCGGGAUUUCACUCACUGAUUAACAAUCGACGACAAUCAUCUAAUGUAAGGAAAAAGUCUGCGGAUAAUGGCAACGGUACUGGAGUGGGAAGUACAAACACCGGUCAAUCCGGCUUUGGACAUCAUCAGCCUUCCUCAUUUCGUCUGCGCUCGGACUCGGAAACGUUGUCCGACGAGCCACUGUUGGAGUCGAACGACGAAGGCAUUGGGACAGACCAUUUGGACGAGAAAAUUGAGGAGGGCGAAAUCCGUAGCGCCAAGGAGCUGGAGCUGUACCUCGGCAAGGAAUUGAUCCAAACAGGCCAAGACAUUCUCAGCCAAGAGAACUUAUCGAUGUCGCAGCUGCAGCUUCCUGCCAUCGUCAUCCAGUCGGAUGCCGGGUACGACAAGCCGUCCCCCGUUUCGUCCCGCUCCGACAGUCCCCUGAGCGAACGUAAUGCCAGCAUGGAACGAUUUUCCCCCAUGUUCUACGGCAAGAAGGAUCAGCAUCUGCCCUUUACGGAUUCUGACGGACUGUACGACUUUCCCUCGUCCGACGGCAAGGGUGGAACGGGUAGUACCAUCGCCACCGCGCACCGCAAAUGCAUCGGCCGCAGAAAGGAUCGGCGCGUGGCACGGUCCGGUCUGGUCGCGGUCCAGUCGCCCUCCAAGUCUACCUCCGUGCUGCUGGAGAUUCCCGGCAGCAAGGAAAACGUUUCGCAGCACAGCCAGCACAGCAACAGUGGCGGAAAGUUCGUCAGUACAGCGCAAACCACGCGCAAAAGUCCCAAGAGACGCGUGCAUCGUCAGCCGUUGGCAAGCAGCUCCUCGUCUACGGAGUCGCUGACGUCCAUGCGGGAAUACGCGAUGCGAUCAUGCAAAGAUCAAGCUGGCGUAUCACUUGUCUCUACCACGAAAGAUUCGGUGGAAAUGUGCGAUAAUGGCGAUCGUAAAGGUGAGGAGAUAUCUAGCAUCCAAAUGCUACCGAAACCAGCACCGCCGGAGGAUAUGCGCAAGCCGCCUUACAAAAUACGACGACUGAAGGCGAUUGGCAAUCAGAUAAGGUUUUUGCGUCGACUAGAGCGAUCCAUUCACCGUAAAGAGCAACCGUCUCAGCCGUCUGACGAGGACUUGAAUGAGAGUGGUAGUAUGAAGGAUUCGCCAAAGAUGUCGUCACCGCUGAUCAGAUUUAAGCAAUCCCAAAUAGACGAGGAAGACGAAUCGGAGGAGGACGAUAGUAAGAGCAAAUACUAUUCCAACGCACUGAACAAGCAACAACAGCAACUCCAGCAGCAGCAACUUCUGCUGCCCGCGGAGGGUAACGCAGUCAACGCCAACGCUCGCCAGCAUUGCAAGAUAUCGCGACAGAGACGUGUUCCUAGCCAUGACUGCUACGCAGCAAAACCAUGGUCCGAGGCGGAAUGCAAGCUUCUCGGGGGUGAAGUAAACAGUGACUGA